AUGGAUGCUGUCUGUGCCAAAGUGGACGCCGCCAACAGGCUUGGAGACCCACUGGAGGCUUUCCCCGUGUUCAAGAAAUAUGAUCGGAAUGGGUUGAAUGUCUCCAUUGAAUGUAAGCGAGUGUCCGGCCUGGAGCCGGCCACCGUGGACUGGGCCUUCGACCUGACCAAGACCAACAUGCAGACCAUGUAUGAGCAGAGCGAGUGGGGCUGGAAGGACCGAGAGAAGCGCGAGGAGAUGACGGAUGACCGAGCCUGGUACCUCAUCGCUUGGGAAAACCGAUCGGUGCCCGUCGCCUUCUCUCACUUCCGGUUUGACGUGGAGUGCGGGGAUGAAGUCCUGUACUGCUACGAGGUGCAGUUGGAGAGCAAGGUGCGGCGGAAAGGCCUGGGGAAAUUCCUCAUACAGAUUCUGCAGCUUAUGGCCAACAGCACACAGAUGAAGAAAGUUAUGUUAACAGUAUUUAAGCACAAUCAUGGCGCCUACCAGUUCUUCAGAGAAGCACUGCAAUUUGAAAUCGAUGACUCUUCCCCAAGCAUGUCCGGCUGCUGUGGGGAGGACUGCUCCUAUGAGAUCCUGAGCCGGAGGACCAAGUUUGGGGACAGCCAGCACUCCCAUUCGGGCGGGCACUGUGGCGGCUGCUGCCACUGA